AUGUCAAGUGGCGAACAUCACGUCGACCCCGUUGAGAGAGUCACUCGCACGUUCAGGAAGCUGGCAGUCACAGAUUCAGACGACGCCGAGGCGAUACCCGAACAGUGUCAAUCUGAUGUCAGCACGUUCGAGCAUGCAGGCUUCUCACCGUCUUGGUCCUCGGUCUUCGGUGCUGGCGCCGGGAAAGACUUGCGAUCAGACCAGGCCUCCGGCGACAUUGGCGGCUCACCGCGGGUGUCGUUGCAGCCUCUCAGUGCAUCUAUCAACGGAACGCCACCCAAUGACAUCGCUGUAGGAGCAGAAUUUCAUCCCGAGUCCGCGAUUGAUCAUUCGGAAAAAGAAAAUCAACAUGACCCCUUCAACAACGAAAAUGUCAAACCUCGUACAGACCAACGCCGCGGCGGAAAGCAAGGCUUCGGCGGCCAUGCUCAGACCAACCAGAACAACAGUCGAUCUUUCCCUCCAGUGCCGUACUACUACGACCAAGGCGCACAGGGACAGCCGGCGCUUCCGAUGGGCUACUAUCCGUAUCCAUACGUCGUGCAAGGAUAUCCCACUUCCGCUCCGUCUGCUUCCGACAGCGGCUCGGCUACACCCGUUCAGCGCAGUCAGCCAUUGUCAACGAUACCGGACGAUAGGCAAAGGAGUAUACCUGGCACCGAAGAACCCGGAGGAAAUCAAUUCGUGUCGUCAACCAAUUCGUCGCACUCGUCAAGGCGGUCGACACCCAGAGUCCAGAAUCAACAGUACCCGCAAUACCAGCAACCAUACUCGACCCCUCAGUUGGCGUAUCCAGGAAACCCAUACCCUGUUGGAGUACCAAAUAUGACGUUCCCACAUCUGUCGUCUCCUCCAAUGAUGCCGCAGUACCCGUACGCGGCGCCGGGGCCGAUGUAUCCCGGACAGAUGGCCAUGUCGCCCGGCGGACCCAGUUCGAUGCAGCCUGGGAUGCCGAUGCAGAAUCAGGGUAGCGAUAUGGGAAUGCAGAUGGGUGUCGGAAUGGGCAACCCUGGUAUGCAGAUGAGCCUGGGAGUUGAUCAGUAUACGGGAAUGCCUAUGCCGAUGUAUUCUCAGCAGGUCGUCCCAGUUUGUCGAUACUUCCAGCAGGGUCGUUGUUGGGCCGGUGCAAACUGUCGUUUCAGCCACUAUGUUGGCCUUGGACCUUACAUCGCAGCGUACCCGACUUCAUCUGGAGGAACCGCAUUCACAGCACACCCCGGAUCGAACGGGAUGCCUCUGCCGGUACCGCCCAUGCCUAUGCACAUGCAGCAAAACCGUCAGCAACAGGGCAUGUCCCAAUCCACCACCAAAGAGAAGCCAUGCCGCUACUUCGCGCAAGGCAAAUGCUGGGCAGGAUCGAUGUGCCGGUACUCGCACGGCUGA